AAGUUUGGGGCAUGCUCAUUGGAAUCUUAACUCUUCUAUUCUGUUUCGCCCAGCCGGCAGCGUGUAACCAGUCACUAUCCCGACUCAAUUAUGGCAUUGUAUUUAAGGAAAUAGCAGAUCUGCAUCUUGCAAAUGAACAUUGGAUACAUACAUUUGAAUUGCCUAUACCAGAUAAGAUUGUACUUCCAACAAUAGGACAUUGUCAUAGAGACAACGAAACAUGUAUUAUGGUGAGUCAUGUACUUGCUCAAAUAAAUACAAUUAGGGCCGAAACAUCAGUCCGUAUGGACGAUACAAUAGAUGCAAUAAAAAGGCUAAUACCGGAAACAAGAAGAGGAAUGGAACGUAGACGUAGAAGUCUAUUGCCCUUCAUUGGCCAACUAUCAAAAUCUAUUUUUGGGACAGCAACAUCUGAAGACGUAAACAUGUUAGCUCGACAUGUAAAUGCUCUAACACGUAAAACUUACAAAAUUUUAAAUUCUUUAGAACAACAUGGAAAUCAUUUAAGCUCCUUUAUGCAGACAGCCAAUAAAAGAAUGGACAAUUUACUUGAUGGAAUUAAAACUAACAAAAUUGAAAUUAACUAUAUACAUAACCUAUUAAUGACAUCUACUAAAAAUUUACAAUAUAGUUUUAGCAAAAUGUUGGAAACCCUUGCUUCUCAAAUUAAUCAAUCAAGUCAUUUAAAUCACCUUCUAGAUGAAUACAAAAAUGGUAUUGUAAGUUUAGCAGAAGGAGAGUUAUCCCCUAUUAUCAUACCAUCUAAUAUAAUGCAGCAAACUAUGUCUGAUAUCCAAAACUUGUUGUCUACUAAAUAUUCUGGAUUUCAUUUAACUUAUAAAAAUGUCAAUCAAGUUUAUUCUCAAUCAAAAUUUGUAUGUGGAAGAUUCAAUAAUAGUAUUUAUAUUUCUGUUAAAUUUCCAAUUACUGUUCAGAAGCAACCAAUUAAAUUAUAUCGAGUAUUAGCUUUGCCAGUUCCUGUUAACUCUUCUUCCACGCAUGCAACACAGAUUUUAGAUCUCCCUUAUUAUUUUGCUAUAACAUCAGACAGACAGUAUUAUAUGGCUCUGAAUCAAAAUGCUUUACUAAAUUGUCAUGGAACCAAGUACAUUCACUGCUAUGAAAACAAACCAUUAACACCUGUAACUUCCCAAAGUUGUGCACUUUCAUUAUUUAGCAAUGACAAAGAACUCAUACACUCUUCUUGUAACUUCAGAUUUGUUCAGAAUGUUAUUAAACCAAAUUUAAUUGAGUUAGAUUCUAAUGCCAUUUUAUUAUAUAGGACACCUCUUUUGUCUGUAGAAUGCAAGCAUCAGCAUAAAAUGAUAAAAGGUUGUGACUUUUGUAUAAUUAAGUUACCUUGUCAAUGCUCUGUCAUAACGUCACACAUUUACCUACCACAGAGGCUAAUAGCGUGCCACAAUGAAACAAAUGAUAUCUCUAUUGUACAUCAUGUUAAUUUAAUACUAUUACAGAAAUUCUUUGACAAAACUUUCCAUGAUGAAAUAUUUGCUGACUCUUCAUUUGGCAAACCUGUUAAUGUGUCCCUGCCAAAAUUCAAAUUGUUUGAACAUAAGAUGCACUCUGUUUUAGCAAAUGAUGCUAAAGCACAUUUAAAUUUAUCUAGAAUGGUUGAUUUAGCUAAACAAGAUACUGCUGCUUUCCAAUCGUUAACUGAACCACUCUUAGAUGGACUCAUAGAUAUACAAUCUGAAUGGCCAAACCUUAACUCUAUCCUUAUAUUUUCAACCAUGGGAGUUACCGCAGGGUUAUUCCUGUCAACAGUUUGGUCUUGUAUUAAGAUUAAGAAACUUCUGGUUACAGUGACAAUUCUCAAAAAUGUUCAAACUGCAAGUGCACUACCCACCUCUCCUAUUCCCUCUUUCAUUUACAAAACUAAUCCAAAGCCUACCGAUGAUAGCUCCUUGCCAACCAUUUAUAUAGAUUUGACAUGGGAACAUGCUAUUUUAUUUGUUUGUCUGCUGCAUUUUGCAUUUGUCCUUUUUACAGUUUUAAAGAAGCACUAUUAUAAUCGAAAAACUAUUUUAAUGCUAGAGUUAACAACUGGCGACUCUUGUAUCAUUCUGCCUGUUUUGUCAUUACCUCUUUGUCCAGCUUUCUGUAAGAUCAGGGCACCAUCUGACAUAUCUCACUUCAAAAUACGUGGUCCAUGGUAUAACAAAAAGCUAAAUUUUUCAUGGCCUGAUUUUAAUAUUGAAGAUUCCAGGAAUAGUAAAGCCUUAACUAUGCCUGAUACUGUAAAUUUAACUUUCAUGCAAAGUCUCAAAGUCCGUAAAAUGAUUAAGAAAUCAUUCUUUGUAUACGUAUACAUUCAACAUAAAGGCCACCUCAUAGCGGUGACAAGUGAAACGUUCGGUCCGAACUUUACCUUUAGUCCCUAAAAAUUUAGUAAGCUACAAUUUCUAGUACAUGCCUUUGCAUCUGGCCUCAAAACUCUAUAAAAGUUGAGUAUAAACUUUAUGACAUACUGGAUGCUUGUAUUAUAUUAUUUCUUUUGCAUUUGUAUAUGUAUAUAGGUAUUUUUUAUGUAUUGGUACCAUUACAUUUAUUUUCACUUUUAAAUAUACCUGUUUUAAUAAACAUUGUAUUUUUUUUUCUAUUCAUUUCAACUUUGGGGCCCAAAGUUAAAGGGGUCCGGGCAUUUAUUAUAAUGUUUAUUUUUCUGGAUGUAAUAUUAUGCAAUUCGUUUCUCAUGUAUAUCAUGUAAUUUAUAAAAAUAUGUAUAUUAUGUAAUUGUUUUUUUUAAAUGAAACAUUGUAUUUGUGUUUUUAUCAUUUCAACUGCUUUAUAGUACAGAUAAUUAUAUUAUACUGGUCUAAUUAAUAUUACUUCUUAAAAGUAGAGAUAAUUAUAUUUUUUUCACUAUACAAUUUUUAGAUUUUCAACUGCAAUUCCAAAUUAUUAUUUUAAGAAUUAUAAAAACAAGAUUAGAAUCUAAAAAGGUAGAUAAGUGAUAAGAUUUCUUACAACUUGUCAAUGUUACUCUAAGGUGACACUGAUAGGUGAUAAUUGAUCUUAAAAGCUCUUGGCCAAAAUUAAUAAGUAAUAAAUCCUGUACAGGAAGCCUGAGGUGUUAAGUUGACGGACAUGCCAGAAAAGAUCAAAUACAAAGGUGAUAACUGAUAAUUUAUGCUUUCAAAUUUGAGUGACAAGAUAUCCUGCUCGUAUUUCACGGCUUUUGAGCACUAAAUCGCAGAUUCUGUAUAUAAGUAACCCAGAGCUUUUCAUGGUCAACAUUCACCAUCAGACUAUUAUACAAGUAAUAAAGUUGUUAUUUAAAAAUUAUUUGGAUUUAGGAUUUUUAUAUUUGGAUUGCAGGUAAAUUAUUUCUUAUCAUUUUCGUGUGUUAAAUGUAUUUAUUAUUAUGUUUUUGUUAAUACUAGAAACAUGUUCUUUUGCCUUUAAUAUACUAUAAAAUAAUAUCAUGUAAGAUUUUAUCUUUAGGUUUCAUACUGUAUAAUGUUAUUAAGUAAAUCUAAUUCUGAAUAUUGUAAUAUACAUAUAUAUUACUUGUAAAGCAUGAUGUUUUGAGAUCUUGGAUCGCGCUUAUUGAUUUUUUUGUACAUUUUCCACUUUGAUUUAAAGUAAUUAAUUUAUGCAUUAAUUAAGUAAAAUUUUAAGUAAUUUAAGUUAGUAAUAAAAGUUCAUAACAUAUAAAUUUAGAUAAUUCAUACCAGUUGUAAUAUAUCAAUUUAACAUUUUAAAUUAUUUUUAUAAUGUUUUUCGUUGUUUUAUUUUUACGAAAAGCAUCAUUUAAACUUAUUUCUGUACCGUUAUUGUAGAUUAAGCUAAAGUAUUAAAUAAGUAUAUAAUGGCACGUUUAUAAGAAUAGAAUGUUAACUGAGAUUGCUUCAUUUUUAAUUGUGUUAUUCUGUUAGCUAGGGUUAUAUGUCGACCAAGAUCUCGGUACAAUUCUCUCACUGCCAAGCAAGUGAAUCUAUCAAUUGUUAAAUCAACUUUGCUUUUCCCCAAUGUUUUAUGUAGCAAGCUUGUGUUAAGCUUUUACAUGUAUUUAAUUGUGUUUUUAUUUGAUAUUUUAAAAUUGAACAAUUGACCUUCUUUCAUGCAAUUAUUUUAUAACUAUAACAAUUCCUUGUGUUUUAAAAUAUAUUGCAUAUAAAACAUUCACCAUCAGACUAUUAUACAAGUAAUAAAGUUGUUAUUUAAAAAUUA